AUGAAGGAUCUUGCUCGGCGCAAGGAGAAGCUACGAGUAAAAGAGGAUGAGUUACGUAAAUACCGUCUGCGAUUCCAGGAUUCCAUUUUGGUGAGAGGGAAUUUUAGUAAUUAGCCUCUUUAUAUAUAUAUUUAAAAAGUGAACUGAAAGGAUUUUACAUCUAAGGCCAGAACAGCCAAACUGGAAGCUGAGAAUUUUUUUCAGUUCUGCUAUUUUGAACUUAAGGAAAUACUGUAGGGUCAAGAACACAAAUAUGUAAUCCUAACCCUAUAGUGUUAAAACCACAAUCUAGCCCCCAUGAAUCCCCUCCUCUUUAAGCCCAUAAAUAUAGUAAAAUCUUACUUGUAUUCAAGUCUGCAGCUGCUGCUUCUGCCACUGAUCUGCCUGCUUGGCUGGCAUCAUCAGAAGUGGUGGUCUGAGCCAAUCGCAAUGCCUCCCAUAGGAUUGGCGGAGACUGUCAAGGAAGCAGAUCGGGGUGGGGCCAGCACAAUUCAAACAUGGCCCUGGCCAAUCGGCAUCUCCAAAUAGAGAUACAUUCAAUCAAUGUAUCUUUAUGAGGAAAGUUCAGUGUCUCCAUGCAGAGGGAGGAGACACCGAAUGUCAGUCACACUGUGUAGCAAUGCCCCAGGAAGCAUCUCUAGCAGUCAUCUGAGGAGUGGCCAGUAGAGGUAUCCCUAGGCUGUAAUGUAAACACUGCAUUUUCUCUGAAAAGAAGAAUCCUGAAGGGAUUGAUUCUACUCACCAGAACAAAUACAAUAAGCUGUAGUUGUUCUAGUGACUAUAGUGUCCCUAUGAAUUUGAUUUGAAUUCACCAUGAAUUCUCACUGUAUACAUGUAUUUUGCCAGUGGGACGGACCACCCAUUUGUUGCAAUGAACACAUUAUAAUUGUAGUUGCCCUUUUCAAAGAUAUAAGAAGGUGGGCUACACAUCCAGACCCACUCGAUAACAAAUCACAACACUACUUGAACCUAACAGGGAUCCAUCCAAAUUUUGCCAGCGAACUCGUGGGGGGUACGAUUCCUAAAACAUAACUAUUCUUUUUCUUUUAAAAAAAAACACCUGUAGACUAUUGCCAUAACCUUAGCUUAGAAUUACAGAUAAUCUUCAAAGCAUUGAACCAGGAAGGGAUCAAUCCAUUCUUUCAAUUAAACGUUGUGUUACUCUCCAAGAAGGUCUGAAACAUGUUAGGACUUCUUUUUGUGCUAUGAUGCAUCUCUGUAUGUACCUAUUAUCACUAAUACAGAGAGCAGACUGAGUGCAUGGCAGUAUUCCCAUAGAAACCAUAUAUCUCGUCCCGAAAAAUCCCCAAAACCAUAUAGCGCAUUCCGACAUACCCCAGGACACAAUAUAUCACAUGCCGACAGAUCUCAGGAAACCAUAAAUCGCAUGCCUACCUACCCCAGGAAACCAUAUAGCGCAUGCCGACAGACCCUAGGACACCAUAUAACGUGUGCCAACAGACCCUGGGAGGACAUCAUAUAGCGCAUGCCGACAGACCCCAGGAAACCAUCUAGCACGUGCCAACAGACCCCAGGAAACCAUAUAUCAAAUGUCUACUGACCCCAGGAAACCAUAUAGCGCAUGCCAACAGACCCCAGAACACCAUAUAACAUGUGCCGACAGACCCCAGGACACCAUACAGCGCAUGCCGACAGAUCUCAGGAAACCAUAUAGCGCAUGCUGACAGACUCCCAGGAAACCAUCUCGCACGUGCCGACAGACCCCAGGAAACCACAUAGCGCAUGCCUACCGACCCCAGGAAACCAUAUAGCGCAUGCCGACAGACCCUAGGACACCAUAUAACGUGUGCCAACAGACCCUAGGAGGACACCAUAUAGCGCAUGCCGACAGACCCCAGGAAACCAUCUAGCACAUGCCGACAGACCGCAGGAAACCAUAUAUCAAAUGUCUACUGACCCCAGGAAACCAUAUAGCGCAUGCCAACAGACCCCAGAACACCAUAUAACAUGUGCCGACAGACCCCAGGACACCAUACAGCGCAUGCCGACAGAUCUCAGGAAACUAUAUAGCGCAUGCCGACAGACCCCCAGGAAACCAUCUAGCACGUGCCGACAGACCCCAGGAAACCAUAUAGCGCAUGCCGACAGAGCUCAGGAAACCAUAUAGCGCAUGCCGACAGAUCUCAGGAAACCAUAUAUCACAUGCCUACCGACCCCAGGAAACCAUGUAGCGCAUGCCUACCGACCCCAGGAAACCAUCUAGCACGUGCCGGCAGACCCCAGGAAACCAUAAAUCACAUGCCUACCGACCUCAGGAAACCAUAUAGCGCAUGCCGACAGACCCCAGGACACCAUAUAGCGCAUGCCGACAGAUCUCAGGAAACCUUAUAGCACAUGCCGACAGAGCCCAGGAAACCCUGUAGCACAUGCCUACCGACCCCAGGAAACCAUCUAGCACGUGCCGACAGACCCCAGAAAACCAUAAAUCGCAUGCCUACCGACCCCAGGAAACCAUAUAGCGCAUGCCGACAGACCCUAGGAGGACACCAUAUAGCAUAUGCCGACAGACCCCAGGAAACCAUCUAGCACGUGCUGACAGACCCCAGGAAACCAUAUAUCAAAUGCCUACCGACCCCAGGAAACCAUAUAGCGCAUGCCGACAGACCCCAGGACACCAUAUAACGCGUGCCGACAGAUCUCAGGAAACCAUAUAGCGCAUGCCGACAGACUCCAGGAAACCAUAUAUCGCAUGCCUACCGACCCCAGGAAACCAUAUAGCGCAUGCCGACAGACCCCAGGACACCAUAUAACACAUGCCGACAGACCCCAGGACACCAUAUAGCAAAUGCUGACAUACCCCAGGAAACCAUAUAGCGCCUGCCAACAAACCCCAGGAAACCACAUAAUGCAUGUCGACAGAACCCAGGAAACAAUAUAGCGCAUGUCGACAGACCCCAGGAAACCAUAUAUUGCAUGCCAAUAGACCUCAGGAAACCAUAUAUCCCAUGCCGACAGAUCCCAGGAAACCAUAUAGCGCAUGCCAACAAACCCCAGGAAACCACAUAAUGCAUGUCGACAAAACCCAGGAAACCAUAUAGCGCAUGUCGACAGACCCCAGGAAACCAUAUAUUGCAUGCCAAUAGACCUCAGGAAACCAUAUAUCGCAUGCCAAUAGACCUCAGGAAACCAUCUAGCACGUGCUGACAGACCCCAGGAAACCAUAUAGCGCAUGCCGACAGAUCUCAGGAAACCAUAUAGCGCAUGCCGACAGACCCCAGGAAACCGUAUAUCGCAUGCCUACCAACCCCAGGAAACCAUAUAGCGCAUGCCGACAGACCCCAGGACACCAUAUAACACAUGCCGACAGAGCCCAGGACACCAUAUAGCAAAUGCUGACAUACCCCAGGAAAUCAUAAAACGCAUGCCGACAGACCCCAGGAAAUCAUAAAACGCAUGCCGACAGACCCCAGGACACCAUAUAACGUAUGCUGACAGUCCCCAGGAAACCAUAUAUCGCAUGCUGACAAACCCCAGGAAACCAUAUAUCACAUGCCGACAAACCCCAGGAAACCAUAUAUCGUCUGCCGACAGAGCCCAGGAAACCAUUUAGUGCAUGCCGACAGACCCCAGGAAACCAUAUAUCGCAUGCUGACAAACCCCAGGAAACCAUAUAUCACAUGCCGACAAACCCCAGGAAACCAUAUAUCACAUGCCGACAGAUCUCAGGAAACCAUAUAGCGCAUGCCAACAAACCCCAGGAAACCACAUAAUGCAUGUCGACAGAACCCAGGAAACCAUAUAGCGCAUGUCGACAGACCCCAGGAAACCAAAUAUUGCAUGCCAAUAGACCUCAGGAAACCAUAUAUCGCAUGCCGACAGAUCCCAGGAAACCAUAUAGCGCAUGCCAACAAACCCCAGGAAACCACAUAAUGCAUGUCGACAGAACCCAGGAAACAAUAUAGCGCAUGUCGACAGACCCCAGGAAACCAAAUAUUGCAUGCCAAUAGACCUCAGGAAACCAUAUAUCCCAUGCCGACAGAUCCCAGGAAACCAUAUAGCGCAUGCCAACAAACCCCAGGAAAUCACAUAAUGCAUGUCGACAAAACCCAGGAAACCAUAUAGCGCAUGUCGACAGACCCCAGGAAACCAUAUAUUGCAUGCCAAUAGACCUCAGGAAACCAUAUAUCGCAUGCCAAUAGACCUCAGGAAACCAUCUAGCACGUGCUGACAGACCCCAGGAAACCAUAUAGCGCAUGCCGACAGAUCUCAGGAAACCAUAUAGCGCAUGCCGACAGACCCCAGGAAACCGUAUAUCGCAUGCCUACCAACCCCAGGAAACCAUAUAGCGCAUGCCGACAGACCCCAGGACACCAUAUAACACAUGCCGACAGACCCCAGGACACCAUAUAGCAAAUGCUGACAUACCCCAGGAAACCAUAUAGCGCCUGCUGACAGACCCCAGGACACCAUAUAACGCAUGUUGACAGAUCCCAGUAAACCAUAUAUCGCAUGCCGAUAGACCCCAGGAAAUCAUAAAACGCAUGCCGACAGACCCCAGGAAAUAAUAUAACGCAUGCCGACAGACCCCAGGACACCAUAUAACGUAUGCUGACAGUCCCCAGGAAACCAUAUAUCGCAUGCUGACAAACCCCAGGAAACCAUAUAUCACAUGCCGACAAACCCCAGGAAACCAUAUAUCGUCUGCCGACAGAGCCCAGGAAACCAUUUAGUGCAUGCCGACAGACCCCAGGAAACCAUAUAUCGCAUGCUGACAAACCCCAGGAAACCAUAUAUCACAUGCCGACAAACCCCAGGAAACCAUAUAUCACAUGCCGACAGAUCUCAGGAAACCAUAUAGCGCAUGCCAACAAACCCCAGGAAACCACAUAAUGCAUGUCGACAAAACCCAGGAAACCAUAUAGCGCAUGUCGACAGACCCCAGGAAACCAAAUAUUGCAUGCCAAUAGACCUCAGGAAACCAUAUAUCGCAUGCCGACAGAUCCCAGGAAACCAUAUAGCGCAUGCCAACAAACCCCAGGAAACCACAUAAUGCAUGUCGACAAAACCCAGGAAACCAUAUAUUGCAUGCCAAUAGACCUCAGGAAACCAUCUAGCACGUGCCGACAGACCCCAGGAAACAAUAUAUUGCAUGUUGACAGAUCCCAGGAAACCAUAUAUCGCAUGCCGACAGACUCCAGGAAACCAUAUAUCGCAUGCCGACAGACGCCAGGAAACCAUAUAGUGCAUGCUGACAGAUCCCAGGAAACCAUAUAACGCAUGCCGACAGACCCCAGGAAAUCAAUUAUAGCAUUCCGACAGACCCCAGGAAACCAUAUAGCGCAUGCCAACACACCCCAGGAAACCAUAUAGCGCAUGCCAACAGACCCCAGGAAACCAUAUAGCGCAUGCCGACAGACCCCAGGAAACCAUAUAGCGCAUGCCGACAGACCCCAGGAAACCAUAUAGCGCAUGCCGACAGACCCUAGGAAACCACAUAGCACAUGUCAACAGACCCCAGGAAACCAUAUAAUGCAUGCCGACAGACCCCAGGAAACCAUAUAGCACAUGCCAACAGACCUCAGGAAACCAUAUAUCGCAUGCUGACAGACCCCAGGAAACCAUAUAGCACAUGCCGACAGACCUCAGGAAACCAUAUAUCGCAUGCUGACAGACCCCAGGAAACCAUAUAGCACAUGCCGACAGAUCCCAGGAAACCAAUUAUCGCACUCCGACAGACCUCAGGAAACCAUAUAGCGCAUGCCGACAGACCCCAGGAAACCAUAUAGCGCAUGCCGACAGACCCCAGGAAACCAUCUAGCAUGUGCCGACGACCCCAGGAAACCAUAUAUCGCAUGCCGACAGAACCCAGGAAACCAUAUAACGGAUGCCGACAGACCCCAGGAAACCAUAUAGCGCAUGCCGGCAGACCCCAGGAAACCAUAUAUCGCAUGCCAACAGACCCCAGGACCCCAUAUAAUGCAUGCCGACAGACCUCAGGAAACCAUAUAUUGCAUGCAGACAGACCCCAGGAUACCAUAUAUCGCAUGCCGAUAGACCGCAGGAAACCAUAUAGCACAUGCCGACAGACCCCAGGAAACCAUAUAUUGCAUGCAGACAGACCCCAGGAUACCAUAUAUCGCAUGCCAAUAGACCGCAGGAAACCAUAUAGCACAUGCCGACAGACCCCAGGAAACCAUAUAUCACAUACCGACAGACCCCAGGACACUAUAUAGCGCAUGCCAACAAACCCCAGGAAAUCAUAUAUCGCAUGUCGACAGAAGCCAGGAAACCAUAUAGCGCAUGCCGACAGACCCCAGGAAGCCAUAUAACGCAUGUCCACAGACCCUAGGAAACCAUAUAUUGCAUGCCGACAGAUCUCAGGAAACCAUAUAGCGCAUGCCUAGAGACCCCAGGAAACCCUAUAUUGCAUGCCGACAGAUCUCAGGAAACCAUAUAACGCAUGCCGACAGACCCCAGGAAACCAUCUAGCUCAAGCUGACAUGAGGUUUACCUUGUGUCAUGCAUUGGAGUAAGGCACUCACUAUCUAAUGUUCUUGCAAUUUGUCCAGAGGCUGAGACUCAUACUCCCAAAUAUUUCAAACAGCACUAUGUCCGUCAUUUAAGGCCUCGCAAUGUGGCAAAAAAUAAGGUAAGAGCCUUCAUUCCAGGUGACAUGUCUUGCCCUUUCCACUUUUUGUUUGUGUGCUAUUCAGACCUCUGGUAUGUUAAACCAUGACAUAACUAGAUCAUUUGUAAUAAUUACUGAGAACUUCAGGUUUAUCAGAAAAUCUGCCGUUGAAGCGGUUAUUGAAACUGAGAGAAAUGACUCCUAAAUUCCAGAUUUUCAGAAAACCCAGGGCUAACAAUGACAGGGUGCUAAAAUUCAUCCUGGGCUCUAGACCGGCCCCUCUCUAGAAACACCCUAUACUGUGGUGUCAGGUGUGACGGCCCAAGGCGUGUGGUUGUGUGGUUUCCUGCAGUGUUUGGAACACUCUGCACUAGCUACAAGCAACAGUCCCACAUGGACUUUAGAGGGGACUACGGGAAAUUUGCCCAAGAAGCCCCAGAGAUAUUUUCUCACUUUCCACUGAUGAUCAGAAAACUAGCAUAAAAUGUCCUAUGUGUUUGAAAUAUCCAUUAACAGGAUAAAGAAGAGAAAUGUGUGAAAUCAGCCAGGAAAGCAGAGAAAGAGCGAAAUGUACUAAAUCAGAAGGAAAAAGAAUUAAUCGUCCUGCGUGAAGAGCACGGAAAGAUGAAACAGAAGAGGGCGCAGAUCCAAGCACAAAUGCAAAAAUAUAGCAAGUUCUACCAGUUCCUACAGAAAGUGGUGGACAUGUCUGCAGAGGUAAGAGAGGGAAAGAUAAUGGCAUUCACAUUUCCCCUUGGAUGAACCUGAUCCAAUCCAUAUAAAUAAUAUCCUGAUUUUUAAAAACAUCUGUAGAAUCUGAAAAACCACCUAUUCAGGCAGAUCAUUCCACAUCCUUAUUGUUCUUACUGUAAAGAACCCUUUUCUCUGCUGCACGUAGUGGUUUGUACUGAUCCUGUGUAUAUUUGUAUAGUGCAAUCAUAUCCCCUCUGAGACACCUUUUUACCAAAGAAAUCAAAUGCUGUUUUUCUAGUCUUUCUUCAAUGCUAAUGUUUUCCAUCCCCCUUUCAGGAUUAUAGUUGAUCCAGCAUGCAGAAUAGUAUCACACCUAGGUUUAAGGAUAACAUCUAACCGGACCUUAGAAUGGCCUUAGAAUGGCCUUAGAAUGGCCGGACUUAACGUACCAGAGACUAGUCAAAAUACUUGCCGAGGUCAGGAACACAGAAUGAGACAUAACGAUGAGGAAAGCCAGAAGUCAAGGAUACCAGAAGUCAGGGAAGUCGAAAUGAAGCCAAAGUCAAUUACCAGAAAACACAGGAACACAAUCUCAGAUAACCAGCUAGCGGAAACCACGACAGGGCACUGACAAAAAUGUAAUUUGGGUUUAAAUAACCCUCUGUAGGCUGUAAUUGGCAGUCUCUGACCUCUGACCCCUGACCCCAAAACGUGCGUGCGCGUCUAUAACGUGACGUUGCACGCACGUUGGCACCAUCUUCGAUGUGGGCGAAGGUAAGUUUAUUAUAAAAACCUGAACCACAGCGGCCGGCGUUCCUAAGAACGUCGCACCCGCUGGGUACCAGAACGGAGUGAGACUGGGAAGCUGCCCGUUGCGACCAAGGCAAGUCUGAUACAUCUCUGUCUUCUGCCGGCGUGGCUGCACAUAAACUAGGCAGCCACGCCAGCAGAAGAUCCAGGAGCCAUGACACCCCCUUAUUUAUGUUGUAGCUUGCCUCUGCACUUUUUCUAGUUCUACAAUAUCCUUCUUUAAAACUGGUGCCCACAAUUUUAUAAAAUCCUAGAGCCAGGAAUAUCACCGCUGUUCACUAAAGCAAGCUAUCGUCACAAUUGUUAAGUGCUACAAUUUCGAUUAUUCCCAAAUCAGGGAAAGAUCCAAAUAUUAUCACCAAUUAUCGUCCGAUCAUCUUAUAAAUCUGGACACAAAAAAUCUUGAAAAAAUUCUAGCAAAUAGAUGUAGCAAAGUUUUCCCUAAAUGUGACAGGUCCCCUAUGCCCCGACUGAGCACACCCAUUCAAACAGCUUCUUCCCGCUACCAAGCCACAGAUGUCAGCCCAUUCACGAAGAUUCAGUCAGCUAA